UUCGAACAGAAAGCAGCUAAAGAUACUUAUAUAAAAAAUACCCCAGAACCAAGUUCAGUAUAGAAAGCAAAAGUGAAAGUCGAAAAGUGUGCGUUGAAGUGAAAAUGAAUUUGCUCAUGGAUAGCCUGCCGUCGCAUGCGAAUCCUGGCCAGCGGCGAUCCACUCCGCCGCAGCAUGCCGAGCUCAGGAUUUCCACAUCGCCGCCGCAACAGCAGCAAACGCAACAGUCGCCGCAACAAAAUCAGACAACAAAUCACAACAACAACAAUGAGACACCCACUUCGCCGGCAGGUGGAAAAACCACGCUGAAAAGAGCCUUCGAUGUGGCUUUCCUCAUGAUGCCCGAUGAGAGGAUUAAGCAGAAGCAGGCGGAGAAGCAGGCUCGUCUCCAGGAGGCACUGCAUCAUCAUCACCAUCAUCAUCACCAUCACCAGCAGCAGCAGCAGCAGAUGAAUCACUAUCCCACGGAUUUGUCUCCUCGAGGAGCCUCCUCCCAACCUCCUUCGCCGGCGGCAAUGGAGUACAUCAGCAUUCUGGAGGCUCGCCAGCGGUAUCCACAGAUCAGCAUUCGUUCGCCGAGGGUCUACGAUGAUCCCAGUGUAGUGAUACCCCUGGUGGACUCACCUGAGGCUCCCUCAACUUCCUCGCCACCUCCGCCCAUGAGAAGUGCUUUCACCAAGGUGGCUUCCUCAUCGCUGUCCACUGCAUCCUCGUCGCCAUCGACAACAUCCCGUCUGGAGUCACCCGUGGAUGUGGGCGCUCCUCCCUUGAGUCCCGAUCAGCUGAGCUGUCACUCGAUGAGUCCGCCGUUGGUUACGCCACCACCGAGGACCAACAGUGGUGGUCAGAAUCCCAAUUCCCUGCCAGCGAAUCCCAUUGUGUACCACAACUUCCGGCCGGAGUAUCAGUUCAAUGGAGCCUUCCAGGCGGUGAAUCCCAUGCAGGCUUUGCAGGCACAGCAGCGACUCAAGCAACAGCUUCUUUAUACUCGUCCUCCGGGUCCGGGAAAUCCCAACGGAGGACCAGGAGCUCCGAUGCCGGGAAAUUCGCCACCAGCUCCGCCGGCGGAGUUUCUGCAUGCCUAUCCGGGAUUUGCGCCACCACCACAUCCUUUCGCGGUGGCUCAGCCUCUGCAGAAUCCAGCGGCAGCUGCCAUACUCUCCACUCUGAUUCCACCCACUUUGGCGUCGACCUUCACGCUGACCGCUCAGAAUGUCUGCGCCAAGUGCAACAUAAGUUUCCGGAUGACCAGCGACCUGGUCUACCACAUGCGAUCCCAUCACAAGAGCGAGGUGGCCUGCGAUCCGAAUCGCAGAAAGCGGGAGGAGAAGCUGAGGUGUCCUGUGUGCCAGGAGACCUUCAGGGAGCGACACCAUCUGACGCGACACAUGACCGCCCACCAGGACAAGGCCAGUGAUCACCAGCCGCAGGUGGAGGACUCCUCGUCCGCUGGGGAGAACGAGAUCAUCAAUGUGGUGGGUGGAACACCACCUGGUCGCCGAAUGGGCGGCAUGCCCAAAUGAUCGAAGCAUUUCUUCGGAUACUUUUAAGACAUCUCCCCCCAAGAUCCACCGUUCGUUAGUUGGUUUUCCUUGGUCUAGUCCGUAAUGCCCGUUUUCGAUUGUGAUAUUAAUUUUAGUUUCCCCGCGAUCCGAUUUCAUUUUCCUUAGCCUUAAAUGUAGUGCAAUUUGUAUCUUAAAUAUGCAGCUGGAUCUCCCCGAAUCUCAAUUAAUUCUCUAUCUUGUCCAACGACCCAAGUUUGAUCAUUGUAAGAUAUUAUAGUUAAGUUGCAGAUCCGCUAAUAUUAGCAUUCAAUGUGU